AUGCGUUAUUACACUCGUUAUUACGCAUUAUGCGAACCUUCAAUUUAUAUCUGCUGGCAUUUCCUCCAAAAACCCUACAGAGCUCAUGAUGCUAUUGAGGAUGUGCAAGCUCUGCAGGAGCUCUUUCAAGUCUGGAGGCCAAGUACAGAUCUGCCUUCAGAUUUGCAUGGGAAUUUGUUUCUCUUGCAGGUAUUUAAAUUUUGCAGAUCAAAAUGUCACAAGAACUUCAAGAAGAAGCGCAAUCCAAGAAAGACCAGGUGGACCAAAGCAUUCAGAAAAGCUGCUGGCAAAGAACUGACAGUGGACAACUCACUGGAGUUUGAAAAGCGCAGAAAUGUUCCUGUUAAAUACCAGAGAGAGUUAUGGAACAAGACGGUGGAGGCCAUGAAGAAGGUAGAGACAAUCAAACAGAAGCGACAGGCUCGCUUUAUCAUGAACAGACUGAAGAAGGGCAAAGAGCUGGAGAAGACGGAAGCCAUCAACGAAGUCAAGAAAAAUAUCCACCUCAUCAGAGCAUCGCAUGCAGGACAAACCAAAAAGCUGGAGGAGAAGAUGGUACAGAAACUGGCAGAAGACGUGGAAAUGGCUGAAUAAAUGUUUCCUGACCUGAGUUUUGGUUGACUUGGAUGCUCAAAAAAAAAAAAAAUCAACCUUUUUUUUAAUUUGUAGGCUGUAGACAUUAAAAGUGAUGCAAUGAAGAGA